CAACCACGACAGGGAGACAUUCUACAGCAGGUGCCCUGUGGACAGACCAUCAGCGCUUGACAGCAAGAUCAGCGAUCCUCAGCGAUAAUCAUUUGAGAUGCACAUCUCUCGCGCGCUUUUCAGCAGCGUCAAACGCUUUGCAACAACAGAUUUAUGCUGACAAAUUGAAUAGGUCUGACUGGAUUGAACCCUGUUGAGAAUCCAAAACCGUUGCUUGUUGAGACGUACAACAAGACACUACAAGUCCUGCAACGCAUGCCACAACAUGCUGUUUACAGGCAAGCCACAGAAGCUCUAACGCAGCAUCGUCUCAAAGUUGUUGAAGCGGCGACAGAGCGACCUGCUACAGAACAAGCAGCUGCUGGUGCGUUGCCAGAGGUGGAGACGCAGCUUGAGGAUGGACUUGUUGAGGAGAUUUUGGAGACUGCACAGGCGGAGUUGGUGUUGGCGGAACGAAUGCUGCUUUGGAAGCCGUGGGAGGCGUUGGAGGAGUCUGUGCCUGAGGGCCAGUGGGUCCGGCAUGAACGCAAGUAGGCUCGUACUUAUUAGAGACA